AUGGAUUCUGCUCUGGCUCAAGGUCAAGGGCCAUCGACGAGCAAGCCUCAUCUGGGUUUGGUUGAUUGGCGCUGGCCCGGAUACUCUCUGUUCUUUUUACUUCUGCUCUUGGCAUGCUACUCGUUGAAACGCCGAAAGAAGCGGCCUGACCAUGGCGAUACCGUCCCCUACACGCUUCCCUUUCUAAGAAGCGCCAUCCCCUUUGUCUUCGACGGACUUCUGUUCCUCCAGAACGCAACACGACAAUUCCCAUAUGCCUCGACCCUCCGCGUCGCCAUUCUUCGCGACGAAGCUUACCUUGUCCAAGGGCCCAAGAACGUGGCCGAGAUCUUCCACAGCACCCACCUCGGCGUCACACGGGCGUACAGCCUGGUGCUGAAGCAAUGUUUUGGAAUGGACCAGAAAGCCGUGGCCGCGUACCUGGCCGACAGCUCGGGCUCGAGGCACAAGCCCAUUCCCGGGAGCAGCCCGCGGCCCCGGGAGCGAAUCAGCUUCAUGACGCACGAGAAUCUGGUCUCAGGCCUGCUGCAGAAUGGCCUCGGGCCGACGACAGAGCGCUUCAGGACGCAUCUGACGACGUCGCUGCAAGCGUCCGUCACCGGCCAAGCCUGGACUGAAGGGCCGGACCUGGCACGGUUCUUUGAGCACCACCACGGCUCGGCCUUGAUACGGGCGGUUUUCGGCGGCGAGAUCCUCCAUCAGAAUCCAGACUUUGUUCGGGACCUGUGGCAGUACGACAAAGGGGUCAUGAGUCUGGCCAGGAGGCUUCCGUGGUUCUGCAUCCCGAAGACAUAUCGACUCAGGGAGAAGCUGCUCGCGGCGGUUAGGCGAUGGCACUCUGACGCCCCAACCGGGACAACCGCUGCAGAGGCCGCUGGAGAGCCUCACCGUGACCCCGGGUGGGCUACCGGAAUGAUGAGAGAGAGGUACACGACCCUACUGGGCGCCAACGGCCAGGACGAGGCAUCCGUUGCCUCUACGGACCUCGCAUUCAUCUGGGCAUCCGUGACAAACGUCAUCCCAUCGUCCAUGACGCUCGCUCUGCACGUCUUUCGCUCCCCGAAGCUCGUCUCCUCCUUGCGCAGCUCGCUCUCUCGCCUACAAUCGCCCACGGCCGUCCAGGACCUCGAGACAGUUCCGCUGCUUCUCUCCAUCUACGCCGAGACAUUGAGGUCCACGGUCCAGAUCCACAUUCCGCGAAGCGCCCCGUUCAACGAGCUCCACGUGGGCGGCGUGACCAUUCCCAGGAACAAGCUGAUCCUGGUCAACACUCGGCUUUCGCACAUGGACGAACGGGUCUGGAACACCAAGGACGGCACGCGGCCCCUGGAGCAGUUCUGGGCUCAAAGGUUCCUCGUCGAUCCGAGCGAUGAGUCGAGUGGCCCGACGAGGAAGAGGCCGGCCUCUGCGGGCCCAGGGGACAAGGCUCACGGUCAUGUCUAUUUCUCCACCGACGGUCUCGAAGGGGCUUGGAUCCCGUACGGAGGUGGCCAGCACGCGUGCCCCGGGCGUGUCCUUGCCAAGCGCAUCAUGCUCCUCUCCACGGCUCUCCUUGUCAGCACGUUCGACGUCGAGAUCCUCGCCGACGAGGCGGCGCUAGCCUUUGACAGCGCACGGUUUGGAUUCGGCGUCAGCAAGCCCUGCCGUCCGAUACGGUUCAGGGUCCGGCGUAGGAUGCAAGCGCUGUGA